UAAAAGCUUGUUUUUUCAGUUCACUACGACAUGAUGAGCAAUACAAGGCGGCCAACGAUGAGGUCCAUGUUCAAUUUGACCUACGACAGAGGUUGAAAAAAAAAAAAAACAAUCUCGAAAGCCACCGAAGAACUCGGCACAGUAAGUGUUUUCGUUGAUUGUUUUCUUAGUUUUUUUCCAUUCUGGGAAUGGAAAAUGUAAAGGGUAGUGGAAAGAAGAAUUUCAUCCUCAAAACAUGGGAGCGUUGCCGAUCAAUCAAUGGCAGCCGGAGGAAAUCUUUGGCCAUGUCCACCGACUGUUUGACAAAAAGCCAAUCAUGGCACUGCAGCGGCACACAGCCUUCCAAAGAUGCCAAGCCCAAAGAUAAGAACCAAAUUGCACCGGUUGGCUGUUUCACUGUCUAUGUUGGGCAGGAGAGACAAAGGUUUGUGAUCAAGACCCAGUUUGCUAAUCACCCAUUAUUCAAGAUGUUGCUUGAAGACGCUGAAUUGGAGUAUGGGUACAGCAGUGAAGGCCCUAUCUUGCUGCCAUGUGAGGUUGAUCUCUUCUACAAGGUGUUAGCAGAGAUGGACAGUAAAGAAAUUCACCAUGGCCGAGGCUUCGCAUAUGGGUCAUGCACUCCUUUCAGUCCAGUCAAUAGGCUUGGCAAGAGCGACAUGGCCAAGGGUUAUGGUUCAUAUGUCCCUCUCACUCCAUCGAGAUUGUUUAAGAUGAAUCUCUUUUAAGCCAAAGUUCUUUUUCGUUUCUUGGUGAAGGGUAAUUGUCUCAUUAUGGGGUUGUGAG